UGGGAACCGGAAGUAUCCUAUUAUGGAAGAGCGGAGGGCUCUCACAUAAACUUCCGGUAGGGUGUGAGCUGAGCUGGGAGGCGAAAGAAGAGUCUUAUCUGGAAUUUAAACGCUAAUACACUUUCCUCUUUUUCUUUUUCUUCCAUUCCUCUUUUCCAAACGGAAACAUGUCCAAGUCUCUGAAGAAGAUAGUCGAGGAGAGUCGGGACAAGAACAUCCCCGAGGUGGAGAUGUGCGACAGAGGCAUUUCGAACAUGCUCGACAUUCCAGGACUAUUCACUCUGUCCAACAUCACUCAGCUGGUCCUCAGCCACAACAAGCUCACAGCGGUGCCCGCGAACGUCUCCGAGCUGAAGAACCUCGAAGUUUUAAACAUGUUCAACAACCAGAUCGAGGAGCUGCCCACUCAGAUCAGCAGCCUUCAGAAGCUGAAACACCUCAACCUCGGGAUGAACCGUCUGAGCGGCUUGCCCAGAGGAUUCGGUUCGCUGCCGUCUCUGGAAGUGUUGGACCUUACCUACAACAACCUGAACCAGAGCUCCCUGCCUGGAAACUUCUUUUACCUCACCACUCUCCGUGCUCUCUAUCUGAGUGACAACGACUUCGAGGCCCUGCCUGCCGACAUCGGGAAGCUGACCAAGUUGCAAAUAUUGAGUCUGCGGGACAAUGAUCUGAUCUCGUUGCCUAAGGAGAUUGGGGAUUUGGCCCAACUCAAAGAGCUUCACAUCCAGGGCAACAGACUGACCGUGCUGCCCCCUGAACUUGGGAAUCUGGAUCUGACUGGUCCCAAACAGGUGUUUAAGGCGGAGAAUAAUCCCUGGGUCACUCCCAUCGCAGACCAGUUCCAGCUGGGAGUCUCUCACGUUUUUGAAUAUGUUCGCUCCGAGACGUAUAAGUAUCUCUACGGCCGACACAUGCAGGCCAACCCGGAACCUCCAAAGAAGAACAACGACAAAACCAAGAAGAUCAGCCGCAAACCACUGGCCGCCAAGAACAAGUGAAGAGGGUGGCGACGGACGCUCGCUCAGCUAGCCAAACGCCCUGCAUGUGCCUUUUGCUUCUAUUCUUUUUUGUAUUAUGUGCAAAAUGUAUCAAGUUUGUUUUUUUAAAUAUGAAAUGUUAAUUAUUGUUUGGACUGUAUUCCGCCGUACCGGGUGGACAUUUUAUUUUAACCGUUUUGAGUCUUGAGUCUUCAUGUGCCGGUGCCGGUGGCCCCCAGAUGAAACUGCAACCCUUUGAGGACAUCGGCAUCAAGACGUCCUGUGAAGGCAACGCUGUCGCGCUGCGUUCAGACAUGCACGGGAGUCCGGGCAUUUUCCCGAGGCAGGAUGUGAGAACGCAAAUGUCCACAAAUGUUGCUCUGGACAUUUUCCGGAACUUUUCCUGCCAGUCCCCAUGUAGAAAAUUUGUGCGAGGGGAAUCUCGGGAAAAUGUCCGGACCCAAUUUUCCGAGGUUCAUGUCUGACAACCGCUUUAGACUGCAGUGAUACCAAAGGCAAACACUGAAUGCAGCGGAAUUCAGCUUCUCCGUGGUUCCAAUUUCCACUGGAAGCCGUAUUUCUAUAACAUAGUCUAGUGUCGUUUAGUUAUUUUUUUAUAUUUUAAAAGCUUUCACUCACUUUAGUUACUAUACUUACCCCACAUUGUCUUUUAUCUGUCCACAUUCUCCAGUGCAAUUAUUAUUAUUUUUUUAAAGUAUUAAAAAGUGUCAAUCACAUUUCAGCCUGUUGCAAAAAUGAAUGAAUGUAAAAGAAAAAAAUCCAAUCAUGCUUUUAUCACAGUCCAAAAAAUAUACUGAAAGUUCACUGUGCUGUCUGUUUGGAACAUUUCAAAUAAAUGCAAUAAUAAUCUUC